CCACCAGACCGUUAUUCCAACUGGAGGAAGAGGCAACAAUUUCAAAGAGAAAUUUCGUUGUCUGUUAUAUUCUUUGAAACAGGGUGUGAAUUUCAUGACCAACCAUGAGUUCAUCUGACGAGGAAUCCCUGGAGAAGCUGAACGUGUAUUUCGGCCAAUCAGAAUGGGCUCAGUUGUCACAUUGGGAAAAGAAGAGGUACAAGAGGAUGAAGCGAAACUACCUCUUCAUGCAAUCCAUAGGUCUGGCGUCUCAAGCUCCAGAGUUCAUGAGGAAGAAGGGGAGGAGCAGAAGGCAAGUAGCCACGCCCCCACCAGCAGCGACCAAUAGCAGUGACUCAGAAGAGGAAUGGACACCCAGCAUGGAGCGACCACGACCAGCCUCUCGCUCCUUCAGGCCUCCUGCUCGACUUUCUACUAGACACACAGCUGGCCCUGUAGAGCACACGACACCUCAGCCAACCAGGAACAGCCCCUCACAGCCAAUCAGCAUUGAGAACUCUCACCCUGACAGCAUCCAGCCAAUCAGCAUUGAGAACUCUCAUCCUGACAGCAUCCAGCCAAUCAGCAGCAGAGCGUCAGAGCCAAUCAGCAUCCACGAGAACACUGAUCCAGGCAGACAGGCAGCUAGAGAUACCGACAGGCAAGAGGAGAAUUCAACACAACAGGCCACAGAAGAGAACAGACAGAUGUGCAGCUCAGGGUCAGUCAUGAAGACAGACACACAGGAGAGUUUGGAUGGACAGAGAGGGAGAGAGCAGCAACCUAAAGCCAUGACUGUACAGGUAGCAAGACAGCAAGCUGCCACCGCAAAGACUUCCGGUGUGUCCAAGAGAGAGUGGUUGGAGCAGCAGGAAGCCCAACUGAACAACUACAGGCGUGGAGGCAGCCUGCGGAACAAACCCAGAAUUAGUUACACUGAAGAGGAAGAACCCAAAGAUGAAGACUACUUCUUCUGUGAGGAUUGUGAAGAUUUCUUCAUUGAGGAGUGCUGGAUCCACGGCCCCCCCAUCUUCAUCCCUGACACCCCGGCACCAGUGGGGGUCCCAGACCGAGCCAGACUCACCCUUCCCCCUGGACUGCAGGUCAGCAAGUCCCACAUCCCCAACGCAGGACUGGGGGUCUUCAACCGGGGCCAGGAGAUAGCCAGAGGAACUCACUUUGGACCCUACGAGGGACAAGUCAUGGACAAGGACCAGGCCAUCGAGAGCGGAUACUCAUGGAUGAUCUACAAGAGUCGGCACACAGAUGAGUACGUAGAUGCCAGAAGGGAAACCCAUUCCAAUUGGAUGAGGUAUGUGAACUGCGCUCGUAACGGUGAGGAGCAGAAUCUGGUGGCGUUUCAGUACAGAGGAGGGAUUGUGUAUCGCUGCUGUCGGCCUGUUGUCCCUGGAGAAGAACUGCUGGUCUGGUAUGGAGACGACUACGCCAAAGAACUGGGCAUCACAUUCGACUACCUCUGGGACGUCAAGAGCAGCGCUAAAGAGGAGUCUGCGUCUCAGGUGUUCUCCUGUUCUCUGUGUCCAUUUGCCUACACGGCUGAAAUCUACCUUCACAAACACAUCAAGAGAAUUCACACAGACGAGUAUGUGCGUCUGCUGAGGUCUGGAGAGAUCAGAUCAGAGACUUUCAUACCGUCUGGAGGCAGAAACCAACACGCACACCAAACCACAACUGGGGCGUCCAGACCAGUCACACAGCCGUCUGCAGAACAGCAAGGAGCACAUGAGCAGAGACGACAGCAGAACACUCACACAGGAGAGAAGAAACACCACUGCACUCAGUGUGGCAAGAGUUUCACUACAGGGAGAAAUUUAGAAGUACACCAGCGCACUCACACAGGAGAGAGGCCGUAUCACUGCACUCAGUGUGGCAAGAGUUUCACUACAGGGGCAGAUUUAAAACGACACCAGCGCACUCACACAGGAGAGAGGCCGCAUCACUGCACUCAGUGUGGCAAGAGUUUCACUCAAGAGGGACAUUUAUUGCGACACCAGCGCACUCACACAGGAGAGAGGCCGUAUCACUGCACUCAGUGUGGCAAGAGUUUCACUACAGGGGCAGAUUUAAAACGACACCAGCGCACUCACACAGGAGAGAGGCCGUAUCACUGCACUCAGUGUGGCAAGAGUUUCACUAGAGAGGGAUCUUUAAAACUACACCAGCGCACUCACACAGGAGAGAGGCCGUAUCACUGCACUCAGUGUGGCAAGAGUUUCACUCAAGAGGGAAAUUUAAUACGACACCAGCGCACUCACACAGGAGAGAGGCCGUAUCACUGCACUCAGUGUGGGAAGAGUUUCCCUAGAGAGGACUAUUUAAAACAACACCAGCGCACUCACACUGGAGAGAGGCCGCAUCACUGCACUCAGUGUAGCAAGAGUUUCAGUCAAGAGGGAAAUUUAAAACUACACCAGCGCACUCACACAGGAGAGAGGCCGUAUCACUGCACUCAGUGUGGAAAGAGUUUCACUAGAGAGGACCUUUUAAUACAACACCAGCGUACUCACACAGGAGAGAGGCCGUAUCACUGCACUCAGUGUGGCAAGAGUUUCACUCAACAGAUAGAUUUAAAACGACACCAGCGCACUCACACAGGAGAGAGGCCGUAUCACUGCACUCAGUGUGGCAAGAGUUUCAUUACAGGGAGAGAUUUAAUACAACACCAGCGCACUCACACAGGAGAGAGGCCGUAUCACUGCACUCAGUGUGGGUCGACAUUCACUCAGUCUGGUAGUUUAAAGACACACAAGUGCUCUCACAGUAAAGAGCCCUAAUCACUCUCCUGCUGAAUCAAGACUGAUUUGAUCCACCAGAGCAGAAAUGACAUUUUUUAACUGAACAUUUUUAACUGAACAUUUUUAACGGACUUUGAUGAUGACUUUUGUUGAGUAUUUUAAUUGUUGAAUUGUUUCUUAAUAUUGUGAUAUCAUGUACACGUAUGUGUAAGUGUAAGAGUUGUUGUGAAGAAUGUGUCAUAGCUGUUACUUUGUGAUGUAAGAAAUAUUUUAGUGAAAACCACAAUAGUCACUAUUUCAAACAGCAAAUGUAAAGUAUAGAGUAAAGACCGAGACCACUGACUUAAUUACACACACCAAAGAUGAAAUGUCACUUAGAGUUGUGCUGUAAAUUUUGUACAUCUGUGACUUUAUUAAAUACAGUAUCUUUUUCUGUAAGUGAAUUGGCCAAAUGGAAUGAAUAAAAUGUGUAAUAGAAUAUGAA